ACGCCUCAGCAACCAGGCAUAAGAUUCAAAAUGGCGGACAAAGACAAAGAUUUUCCCAAGCCAAAAAGAGCUAAGAAAGAGCUCCGAAAAUAUCCUAAAAUGCCAAUAUGGAUAUGCGAAAAUCACGACGAGGUCCUCUACUAUAUUCAUAGAGCUAUUGCAUCGAAGCAUAUCGUAUACGAAGGAGUAACUGUUCUUCACUUUGACUCCCACCCUGAUCUCACAGUUCCUGCAAAGAUGAAGGGAUGCACCGUGUUUGAGCAAGAAAAACUCUACGAAGAGCUUAGUAUUGCGGACUGGAUUCUUCCAGCUGUCUUUGCAGGACAUGUUAAUAAGGUUAUCUGGGUCAAACCACCGUGGGCAGAUCAAAUUAGCGAAGGUGUAUUCAACUUGAAGGUUGGCCAACACAAGGAAACCGGCUUUAUUAGGGUGGCAUGCACUGAGACGUAUUUUGUAGAGGAGCUACUUUAUGCAGAUGAAGACUCCCUUGAAAACUGCAAAGAUCUGGAACUUAUUGUGUAUGCUCUCAAACCUAGCUCAAAUCAAACCAAGGAACAUAAUGCAACCCUGGAGAAAGGGAACAAAGUCUCAAAGGCAUUAAAUGGGGAGAAUAAUGAUAAUGAUAAUAAAAACACCACAGCAAUGGAUCAUUAACAGAGCAGAGAUGCAUUUGAAUCAUUACUUCCAUCUAGCAGAAUAACUGCUCUUGAAAAUAACUUUAUACUUGAUAUAGACAUGGACUUUUUUUCAACCCAAAAUCCUUUCAAACUGCUUUACACAGAGGAGGAGUUCCAGUGUCUCAGAGAUAUCUAUAGAUUUGAAGAACCUCUCUCAACAAGCAGGAAGGAUUUAGAUAGCUGUGUAAGAUUACGGAAAGCUCAAGUGGACAAAAUUGAGGCAACCUAUUCAUAUCUGCAAGAACAAUCUUCUUCCUGCAGUGAUGGGAAGCUAUGUAUGAAAACAUUAUCUGAAAGUUGUCUGAACCAAGAUUUGGUGAAGCUGAUAGAAAUGAUAAAAAAUCACAAAGGAGAGGAGCCUGAUUAUGAAAUGCUGCACUUUUCAGGGAUGUCUUCCGAUAUUCCUCAUCAUGUGAGUUCUUCAGAAAUGAUUGACAGCCUGAUACAAUCUAUGGCAGCCAUGCUGAAAUCUCUUCCAAAGCCAACCUUUAUCACUAUGGCAAGGUCAUCUUAUGAUGAAUAUACCCCUCCAGAUCAAGUGGAGCAUAUUCAGUCUUCUCUUCUGAGAGUUAUUUCAAGUCUAUAUGGUGAGGACAUAGCGGUAAACAAGUGCUAUCAGUAAAGAAACGAUAUGGAUUGGAAUGGAUCUUCUCCUUGGACACUGGAUAUGUUUGUGGGAUCUCACGCAUAAUUACAAAUGAAAUAAAACUCCCAAUGACCCGUG